AUGUCGAGCAGCAACCGCUUCAACCCCCUGGGCCAUUCGCCCUCAGCAGCUGCAUCGUCAGCCAUGGCCGAACCAUCGCAGCCUCAGCGGCCGCCCAAGAAGAGAAAGGGCCAUCGCGGCGGCAAGAAGAAACGGUCCAGGCGAAAGAGUUUCGCCAUGCUGCACGACCACGAGCUGGGCGAGUCGUCGGGGAAUGGAUUCUACCAGGUGGCGCAGGCCAGCCUCAGCGGCACGAGCAUCGACAGCGAAGCGCUACUGGAUCACAGAGAACAGCAACCGAUGCGUGUGCGCCGGUCGUCGACGAUAGCCGGGCCCGGCUCCUUUCAGAAUCCCUUCUCGUCCAUCAGCGCCACCCGCCUCCGGUCGAUGCAGACGGCCCAGAGCGGCGACGAAAGCCCUUCUGGCCGCUGGGAUGAAUCUUCACCACUACUUACAGAGCCGGCACGGCGCCCGGGAUCGCAGACGGGCGUCCCGAGCUAUGGCACGAGCGAUGCGCGACUGGGCCGAAAUCGAAGCCGAAGGGCGUCCAGUGCGUCUUCUAGAGCGAGGUUGAGGACCGCAUACAGCACAAAGGACAAGUACGAUAUCAACCACCCGCCGUCCAUCCCCGGCUCCCCUACAUUUGGCCCGACAGAUGGCAUGGAUCUCAACUUUGGCGAUGUCAUGAUACGAGAUGAGCUCACCAUGGGAAGCGGUGAUGAGGCGCUUUCCGACGCCGAGGCGGAUCGUGGCGACAAAGACAGAAGGCUGGCACCGGAACCCUCCGGCGACGUUUGCUUCCCCGGGCCCGGCAUGUCUGAUAUUGGCGACGACGAGACCGCCUCUCGAUACGAGAGACGGUAUAGAACGCGCCGGCGCCGUGGUCGGUGGCCAGACCUGUCUGUUCUGGAGGACUGGAUGCGAUACGAGAAGGAGGAUCGCAGCGAUGAGCGGCGAGUCAAGACGAUUACGGAGCCGCAGCUCAUCAACGGUCGUCUGCGCCCGGUGCGAAAGGGCUGGUUCCAAACCGACGAAGAGGCGCCCUACAGAUUUACCUAUUUUAACGAAGAAUUCCAGAGCACCAUUCACAGUCAGUCCAUCUCAGAGCUUGUUCAACAGGGGAGCGAUUUCCAAGGACUAUUCAUUCCCGAACCGCGCAUCCUCUCGUCGGAUGAAGAGAGUGACUCUGAGGAUAUCGUAUCGCAGCCAUCCAAACCACGAUACUCAGGAGAGCUAGAGGCUGACACGAAGCCCCCAACACGGCAACCGUCCCUGGAUACUAGAAGGGAUGGCUUCAUGUCGCCACCCAUGAGAGACGAAACGAAUACCAGCUCGAGAUCCGGUUCGAUUCGUGGCGGAAACAAGUCACCCGAGAACCUUGGACCAAAAGAUAACCACACAAGCGUACCAAAAGUAGCGGAGAAACCGGUUCGAUAUGGAGAGAGGCCAGUCUGGUGGCUCGACAUACUCUGCCCAACGGAAGAUGAGAUGAAGGUCCUGGCAAAGGCAUUUGGGAUCCAUCCUCUGACGGCCGAAGACGUGAUGCUGCAAGAAGCCCGUGAAAAGGUCGAGCUGUUUCGCCAUUACUACUUUGUCAACUAUCGCACCUUUGACCAGGAUAUCAACAGCGAAAACUUCCUGGAGCCCGUCAACAUGUAUGUGAUUGUCUUCCGAGAGGGAGUCUUGAGCUUUCACUUUUCCGUCACGCCACAUCCUGCCAACGUUCGCCGACGAAUACGCCAGCUGAGGGAUUACUUGAUUCUCUCCUCUGACUGGAUCUCAUACGCCAUCAUUGAUGAUAUUACCGAUGUUUUCCAACCCCUCAUCCAGAAUAUUGAGGACGAAGUUGACGAAAUCGACGACUCUAUUCUGCAACUCCAUACGUCCUCAGAUAAAGGACUACAGGAUGAGAAAUCUACCAAAUUCGACGAUAACAUAACAAUUGAAGAUACCAGCGGGGACAUGCUUCGUCGAGUUGGAGAUUGCCGAAAACGAGUCAUGAGUCUAUACCGAUUACUAGGCAACAAGGCGGAUGUUAUCAAGGGGUUCGCAAAGCGCUGCAACGAGAGAUGGGAGGUUGCUCCCAGGUCAGAGAUUGGCCUGUAUCUUGGUGAUAUUCAAGAUCACAUUGUGACUAUGACUUCUAACCUUAGUCACUAUGAAAAGAUAUUGGCUCGAUCUCACGGCAACUAUCUAGCGCAGAUCAACAUCCGGAUGAACCAACGACAAGAGCAGACCGCCGACGUGCUCGGCAAGCUCACCGUCCUGGGCACCAUCGUGCUGCCCAUGAACAUCAUCACCGGUCUAUGGGGCAUGAACGUCUGGGUGCCGGGGCAGGACAUCGAGGGCGACCUCACCUGGUUCGUGUGCAUCACGGCAGGGCUGCUCUUCUUCGGCUUGGCGUGUUAUUGGAUCGCGAAGCGAGUAUAUAAUAUUGUUUGA